UUGAGCGACGGAGGAUCAGACAUUACUGCCUACGACCUGCGCCACAUCGAGACUGACGACGACGAGACGGUGGAUCCCAAUUGGACGGUUGUGGAAGACGUGUGGACCAGUGGAGGCGACGCCCUGGAGUACACGCUCACCGGACUCACAGUCGGCACCGAGUACGACAUCCAGGUGCGGGCUGUAAACGCCGUGGGAGACGGGCCCUGGUCGGCAACUGUCACUGCAACGCUAACCACCGUGAGCACCUGCGCUGCGGGAGUCGCGGUGCCAGAUCCGACCAGCAACCCCGGUCUGGUGUCCGACUGCGAGUCACUGCUUACGUUGCUCGACACCCUGGUGGAGGGCACUGUGUUGAACUGGUCGGAGGAUACUCCCAUCGCGCGGUGGGACGGCGUCAGGCUCGCUGGGACGCCGCAGCGCGUGACUCGGCUGGUGCUCCCUGGCAAAGGCUUGAGAGGGACGAUUCCCCCCGAUUUGGGCAGGCUCUCUAUGCUCACCGACCUGAACCUCCGCAGCAACGCCUUGACUGGCGAGAUUCCUGAAGAAUUAGGUAACCUGACCAACCUCAGAGUUCUGAACCUUCACAGCAAUAAACUGAGCGGUGACUUACCGGAUCUAAGCCGCAUAACCGGCCUAGAGGAGUUGUACCUACCGAACAACUACGACGAGACGGUUCAAGACAGCGGCCUGACGGGCACCGUCCCGACGUGGCUGAACGGCAUGACCAAGAUGAGGGAACUUUGGCUCUGGGGCAACCAGUUGAGCGGCACGAUUCCAGACCUGAGCGGCAUGACCAGCCUGCAAAAGCUGAAGCUGGCAAACAACAUGCUGACGGGCGGCGUCCCUGACGGGUCGAUGCUGCCUCCGAACGUGACGUGGCUGAUCAUCGACAGGAACCCGCUGGGCGGUGGGAUACCGGACCUGAGCGAGCUGACGAGCCUGAAGCUCCUGUGGCUGCACAGCAACGGGCUGACGGGUUCGAUCCCGGCGGGUGACAUGUUGCCCCCGAACGUGGACGACCUCAACCUGCGCGACAACAUGCUGUCGGGUGAGAUUCCGGACCUGAGCGGUCUGGACAAGGCGACGCGAGUGCGGCUGCACGGCAACGACCUGACCGGUGAGAUCCCGGCCACUCUGGGCGACUUGGACAGCCUGCAGUCCUUGUGGCUGCAUGGGAAUAUACUGACAGGGUCGAUUCCGAAAGAGUUGGGAAGCCUGACCAAUUUGCAGCGGCUGUGGCUGAGUGAUAACAAUCUGUCGGGUCAAAUACCGGUGGAGUUGGGUGAUUUGAGCAGCCACAGCCUUGUUCAGUGGCGACUCAGUGGAGAAGAGCACCAAUUCACCGGCUGCCUACCGGCAGGACUGGCGGAAGUUAAAGACACCGAUUUCAACAGUUUGGGCCUACAGGUGACGGAAGAUUGGGUACCGUUCUCCGUCGCCGGCGGUUGGACGCAGGCCGUACUCCAGAAAGAGAGCGAUGUCCUGCGGUACUACGAAGCGGCCAUAUGGGAGGAGACGGAUUCAGUUCAUUUGUACGCGUUCCCCAACGACUAUGAUGGGUUAUUCGGCUGGGAGGAAGAUGUCCCCGAUGCCGAUGUGAUCGCCUACCGGGAACAGUAUGCGAUCAGCGUCCACAGCGAUAUGCCGGAAAUGUGGGGCGACAGGCGUAGUGAUUUCCUGCGGAUAGCGUUUGAGGAUUUCGUGUCACGGUUGGUGGAACUCCAUCCAGAGGCGGACCACCAUCUGAUGUACAGCGGACACGGUGGCCCCGGGGGCAACCUCUUCGCAGGGCAGCUGAAGCAUGACGACGCUGGCGCCUUCCUCGCAACCUGGACGCGCCUGUUGGGCAAGCCUCUGGGCGUCAUUGACAUGGGAGGACCGUGCAACAAGGGCGGAUAUGAGGACCUGGCCAACUUCUGUAGGCACGCGAGCUACUACGUCGCGUCCGAUUUGCCCAACGGAGGCUAUUCUGAGAUGAUUGGACAUUGGAGAAGCACCACGAAACCGACCCUGAAACGCAGUACCACCGACUUCUAG